AUGGAGUCAAAAAACGAGAUUCAGAGGACACCCCUUCACUGGGCCUCUAAAUCAGGAAAUCUCGACUGUGUACGAAAGCUUCUCGACAAAGGCGCUGAUGUGGAACCAAGAGAUCGCGAUGGUAUGGCGGCGCUUCAUUUUCCUGCCGAGUCGGACUACUUGGACGUUGUUGAGCGGCCAGAGCUGGUCAAAGAAAAGUCUUGA